GGAGAACCAAGUAGGUAUAUAAAUUCUGCUCAUCGCCUCCUGUCUUCACCAGCAUUCGUCUCUCCUCAAGGAACAGAAGAGCAGCAACCAUCUAACAGCAAGAAUGUCUUUUAACUCAGAGAAUGCCUCCACUCUGGAGAACGCCAUGCAGCUGAUGAUUCAGACGUUCCACAAGUACUCUGGGAAUGAGGGCGACAAAUAUACCCUCAGUAGGCAGGAACUCAAAGAGAUGCUAACGCAGGAGCUGGGCAACUACCUUGGGAAUGCACAGGAUAAGGAUGCGGUAGAUAAAGUUAUGGGAGACCUGGAUUCAAACAACGACGGUGAGGUGGACUUCACAGAGUUCAUCAUCCUUGUGGGCGCCCUCACCGUCGCCUGCAACGACUUCUUCCUCGAGUAUCACGAAAAGGACGGAAAGAAGCCUGACAAGAAAGAGUAGAGCUGAAUUUCUCUGAACAAAAGCCAACACAUGACCAGUGAAGGAGGGAAAUGGGGGGAGAAGGGGAAUGUUUGUGUGUAUGAAUCUUGCUUACUGAUACCGAAAAAGUUUCACCUCUUCAUCCACGUUCAGUGCAAUCCUGGGUACACAAAAUGCUCCAUGAGGUGCAACAUGUUUCCAACCCCUGAAACAACCUAUUAGAAAUGAAAGCAUAAGGAAUGAGAUUGUGAGAUGGUCUUUGUUGAAUAUGUGAAUAUGUGUUUCUUCCUUUAAUUUGUUUUUUAACAACUGGAGUUGUUCAUUUUAAAAUAAUCUCUCCAUAUUACAAUAAACUGCAGAUUUAAAAUAAAUAAA